UAUUAUCAAAUUGUGCCGUUUGAUAAGAUAAAAUAUAUUUCCAAUUUUAGCAAAUGGCCAAGCAAUUAAACUUUCGUACGUCUGCUAGUUUAAUUUUAUUAGCUAAGGAUAAAUUAAAGCCGAAGGGACCAGCUGAUUAUAAAACUUUGCUAUUCAAUCGUCAUGAGAAAUCAACCUUCAUGCCAAAUUCUGCCGUAUUUCCUGGCGGGGUAAGUGAAACGACGGAUGAGUCUCCUUUAUGGUAUCAACACUUUCAAAAAUUCGGCGUAACUAAGGAACAAUUAGACACAACAUACGCAUUUAAAGGUGCACGUACAGGAAUUUAUAAAAACGAAAAUCCUAACCUUCUUAAAAGAGAAUUGUCACUACGCAUAACUGCUAUUCGAGAGACUUUCGAAGAGGUGGGAAUAAUGUUAUGCCUCGAUACAAAUUCUUUGCGAGAAAGCCACCAUAAAAUUUAUGGUGCCUUUAAGGAAGAUUUUGAUCGUCGGUAUUGGCAGAAGGUGGUGCACGGUGACGCUUCAAAAUUUCUUACUCUUUGCGAAGAGCUGAAAAUCGUACCUGAUCUAUGGAGUUUGCACGAAUGGUCCAAUUGGUUUACGCCAUCAACAUUUAAGAAACGAUUUGAUACAGCCUUUUUCAUGGUAGCUUUAGAGAACGUUCCAGAAUUGUUAAUCGAACCUAAUGAAGUCAAAGACUAUGCGUGGAAAACGCCUUUAGAUUUUCUAAAAGCUUAUCACCGAAAAGAAUGCUGGCUUCCGCCGCCACAAAUUUAUGAACUCUCACGCUGCUUAAAUUUUAACGAGCUAUCGCAGAUCAUCGCUUAUGCUCGACAGCAUGCGAACAAGGGAUCGAUUGUUACUUUACCUGUACUCUAUAAGUGUACCGAUGGUCAAGUAAGUUUAUUGCCUGGUGAUCAAAUGUAUCCAACCGAUCCUUAUCUGAGCCAAUGUGCGAUCGCUACUGACAAAAGUAUAGAAGCAUUUCGUAGAAACGUUCAACAUUUGCAUCGUAUUGAAUUUUUUGGUUCCCACGAUGUUGUAAUACGUAUGAAUAUCGAACCAUUUGUUGGGCACGUGCGUCCAGUUAAUGCUAAUCCGAGACGUGAAUGAAAACAAAAAAUAUCCAAAUCUAAUUUAAUCAAAAUGCAUUUAAUUAUUAGUUUUUUAAUGUGAAUAAAACAUCAGACUGCAAAGUCUAUAAGUUCGAAAGUCAAGCAAGGUUUUAAGAAUUUGUCUAU